AUGUCUGAUACGCUGAGAUGCGAGUUUCUAUUUUGGCUGGCGAGUCGCAUUUCUCCUUGUUCCCUGUGUUCAAUAGGCCAUGUCGAUAAUAUCUGUACGGGCCCAAGCUUUGAGGACCGGGGACCGGGCCAGGUCCAGCCACGAGGAGGCGAGACCGCCGUCGCUGCCCUGCCCCCAUCACAAGUAGCGCACUCGGGGUCGGCUAUCCCCAUCUUCAUAGAGCAUACAGCGCACGCGGAACCCUGGCGUGGUAUGCCGUCGUCUGGCGCCAUCUGGGUGCACGCGCACCAUAUCCGAUCACAACUCAGGGUCUCGACCCAGGCUGGCGGGAAGAGUUGCCUGUCGGUUUUUGUUUUGUUUAGAUCAAGAUCGGGAGUGGCUGCGGCGCUAGGAGAAUCAAGCAAGCAUAGUCCGUCAAGAAACAACGUGGAAGGACGGUUGAGCCCGUCGCCCUCGCUUGCACUGCCACUCACGAUGUAUUAG